UGCCCAUUCAAAGGAAUCUUGGGAUGAAACAGGAGGACUUCGAAUGGGAAGAAGUAGCUGGUCGUCCGAAGGACUCACACCAAAAGUUAAUGGUGACAGGGCAUUUUCAUCAGCUGCCUUCGUGAAGCAGAUUUCUAUGAAGCUUUUAAAAUUGGUUUAAAGACUUUUUUUUCGAACAAUAUUAUAAAUUAUGAAUAGAUAAUUUGAUCUAAGGCUUUUCUUUUAUGAUUAUCAUGUCGGUCCCCACAAGUGAGAGAGAAGUGGACCGUAGGGGAAUGGAAUGAGACUAAAGCGGCUGUAGGGAAACUACUCCAGAUCGCAGAACUCGAGUAUCGAAUUCGCGAAAACCGCAGCAAGGUGUAACGUCGUAUCUUCGGGUCCAAACGUACACAUGCAAAAAGCGCUAAAAAGCGGAAAAUGUUCAAUGAUUUAACUUCCACCUGAAAUAGUUGCGACUUUGGACGAAAAUUCCUGUUAUGAAGAAAAAGUAUUUUUAAAUCUUUACUAAGCUGCUUUUCGUUUUGGACCCGGAAGUCGUUCUUCAAUAACAGUCCACUUUAUACAAAUUUCCGGUUAAACAUUAUUUUGAAAAGUGUAUCUUAAGAUGAAUUAUGCUUAUUUUGCUUAAGAGCUAAAUUCCAUUUAUCCAUCCCCAUACCCCAACAAGUAUUCAUUACAAACACUUAUGCUGUUUUGGGUCACCUGUGGUGAGCUUUUUAUAUAUGUCCAUGGGUUUCCUGUGAUUAGUCAAAAUCCAAGAUGGCGAACGUUGAAGCAGAGCCAGAUCUUCCAGAAGAAGUUACAGAUGCUCUUGAAUCUUUUCACGAAGCUCUUGGAAAGGUUGAUGACACUUUCAAACCGUUACUGGAAACGUCGAUAGAGGAUAUAAAAGAAAAGCUUGAACCUCUUGAAUGUGCCAAGCUGGACUUGGUUCUAGCAUAUGCUAUAAACUCUAUGUUCUGGAUGUAUCUCAUUACCCAGGGCAUUAACCCAAAGGAGCAUCCYGUUCGCCAAGAACUUGAUAGAAUAAAGAAAUACAUGGGAAAAGUGAAAGAAGCCACAGAGAAAAAGCAAGCAUCAAUGCGAAUUGAUCAAGGAGCGGCAAAGAGAUUUGUAAAAAGUGCAUUAUGGCAACCAAACAAAGAAGACAACACUGAAGUGAAAGAUCAAACAAAUGAAGAAGAAAAUUCUACAGUUGAAGCAGAAACAACAUCGAAAGGAGAAAAACGUAAAAGUGUAGAAAAACUUUCCAAAACAACACCAGAGAAGAAAAAGAAGAGGAAAAAGUAAAACUAUAAGAAUAYGAUACUGGAAAGAACUUCCUGUGGCAUCGUUUCCUGCUUCUAUUUUUUUUAACUUAGUUUUCCAUUUAUGAGUCGUACAGUACCUUGACAAUUGUUUAUAAUUAUUUACUGUAUAAUUAUAAUCUGUAGAUCAAUCACGAAUGAUGCUAAAGAAUAUCAAUAAGGUUA